GGAGAAGCAGGCAGGCUGGCGCGUGCAACGUCUAUAGUGUGAUUUGUGCAGCAGCAACAGCAGCAACGUGGGGGAUAUCUGUAGGGCAGUGCCGUGUUCGGCGCUGUCUGCACAGUCUUUUCUGUGUCUUAUGGCAGAAUAAAAGAAGUCUUGUGAGGGCUGGUGAAAAAUCAGGCGUGUUGGAUGCAGAGAAGCUUGCCUAGUACAGUGCGGGUGGGACUGUGCUUUAGCUCGCUCUUAGUUCCUCUGCCAGUAAAAUUCACAGGAUGAGAACCCCAGAGAUAGGUCAAGCAGGCAAGGGAGGAGGCCGGGGAUUUCCUGCAUGGCUUUCCAGUUUGCACGAGGUGACCUAAAUCAAGAUUCCCCAUUCGUUGUGCCCUCGUUUCAGGGGCACACGCACCCCUGCUUUCCCACAAAAAAUCCCUGCAGCUAGACUUCCCGGCAUGGUACUCUUCUGUCUGUUUAUAUACACGCGCGGGCGCACAUACCAGCCUGGGAGGAGAGGGGGUGGCUGAACUGUUGUUUUAAUUUAGUGCCCAAACAGUGAGUGGAUGCCGCAGAAGCCGGCUGAGCUCUUCCCGUCCCCCUCGUGGCCUCGCUGUUCCCGCACACACUUGACUGACAGCUAUGCACGAAGCCGUGAGCUGCUGAUUCCUCGCCUCUGGGCCGUGUUGGCUCCUUCCCCGAGAGAGGCGUGUUUGUUGCUGCUGCACUGUAGGAAGGCUGAGGUCACCAGGCAGAAAGGGACAACAAGCGAGGGAGAGAAAAAGCUAGCUGCCUGCCUGCCCGCCCUCCGACUUGUCCAAACUUGCCCGGCCGCUUGCCUUACUUCUGCCGGCGUCUUGGCCUUCCAACAGGACCGCCAGGCUACGAAGAACCGCUCUCCCCCUCCCCACACACUCCGUUGCAUGACAUCGGGAGCCUGACUCCUUUGGGAAGCAGCUUAAGACACCUAAGGGAACCAUGCCCCCAAAGCGCAAGGCCCCUGCCCAAACCCAGGCAACAGUCAAGGGCAAAAAGGUGAAAGAGGAACCGAAGGUAAAGCCUGAACCGGAGGAAGACAGUUUCCGCUCCACCAUGGAAGCACUGAAGGCUGCUCCCAAAGAGAAGCUCAAAGCCAGAAUUGACUCUGCCUGUCAGCUGAGUCAUGUCGAUGAUGCCAAGAUUCAUGAGGACUAUGACUGCAUGCUGAACCAAACCAACAUUGGCCACAAUAACAACAAGUUUUACAUCAUCCAACUCAUAGAGCAAAAUGGGAACUACAGCGGUUGGAACCGUUGGGGCCGCGUGGGAGAAGUAGGGCAGUCAAAACUCAGCACCUUUCCAUCCUUGGAAGCUGCCAAGAAGGAUUUUGAGAAAAAAUUUCGGGAUAAGACAAAGAACAGCUGGGCUGAUCGGGAGAACUUUGUGGCUCAUGAUGGCAAGUACACCUUGAUUGAGGUGCAACAUGGGGAUGAAGAGGAGCGAGAGGUAACGGUCAAGGUGGACACUGUAGAUGGAGUGAACCUAUCCAAGCAAAAGAUACAACCCUGCACCUUGAACAAACCUACUCAGGAGCUGGUCUCACUUAUCUUCAGCAAUGACAUGUUUAAAGAAGCCAUGCAGACCAUGAAUAUAGAUGUGAAGAAGAUGCCCCUGGGGAAGCUGAGCAAACAGCAGAUUGCCAAAGGUUUUGAAGCUUUGGAAGCCAUUGAGGCAGCCCUCCAGGAGCAGCCACCCUCCCAGAAGCAGCUGGAGGAGCUCUCCUCACGCUUUUACACCAUCAUCCCCCAUAACUUUGGCCGGGCUCGGCCUCCACCCAUUGGCACACAGGAAGUUGUCCAAGCCAAGAAGGACAUGCUGCUGGUCCUGGCAGAUAUUGAACUGGCCCAGAGUAUGCAGGCCCAGAAGAAGAAAGAGGAAGAAGAGGAAAUGAAGGUGGAGGAAGUUCCACAUCCACUGGACAAGGACUACGGGCUCUUGAAGUGUGAUCUCACCCUGGUGGACCCAUCAUCGGAGGAUUAUAAGCUGAUUGUAAACUACACAGAGAAGACCGGUUGCGAUUACCGGAAGCUUCAAGUCCUGAACAUCUGGAAGGUGAACAGAGAGGGUGAGGCUAGUCGUUUCAAGGCUCACAAUCACCUGGAGAACAGGCGCCUGCUGUGGCAUGGCACCAAUGUGGCCGUCAUUGCUGCCAUCCUGAAGAGUGGUCUGCGCAUCAUGCCGCACUCCGGCGGGCGGGUGGGCAGGGGCCUGUACUUUGCAUCUGAGAAUAGCAAAUCGGCAGGAUAUGUGGGCAUCACCUCUAAGCGAGUGGGGAUCAUGUUCCUGAAUGAGGUGGCCCUUGGCAAAGAGUAUCGUAUCACGCGAGAUGACUAUUCACUAUGCAAGCCCCCAAACGGCUAUGAUAGUGUCCUGGCCUGUGGCGUGACUGAACCAGACCCUGCAUAUGAUAAGGAGCUAAUUCUGGAUGGGAAAAAAGUGCUGGUAUCCCAAGGAAAGCCCAUUUGUAUGGCUAAGUACCAGAACUCCAACUUCAGCCAGAGUGAGUACCUGAUCUACCAAGAGAGCCAAUGCCACAUUCGCUACCUUGUUCAACUCCUCUUCUGAGGUGCUUCUCAGGCAUCUCUAUCGCUGGGCCCCACCUCUACAGCAAAGAGGCCCUCAUCUGCUUAAUGGUGAGUGGGCAAGUGUAAGUGACUGUGGUUGACAGUCUGAGUGCCUUGACAUAGUCAGCCAUGCUCUCCAUCGACAGUUCAUUCAGGAAUUCUGGGUUCCCAGCUGGGCUGAGAAGAGUGCAACUUCCCUCUGGUUUGGUUUGAAGACUGUGCUAGGCCCUAUAAAGCAGAUGAAUGCCAUUUCCUGAUAUCUGGCAAGGCAAAAAUGAUACAGUCACCAAAAUCGUACUCCUAAGAGAAUGAUGAUGAGGGGCACACCCCUUUUCAGAGGCACUUGGAGCCUGUAAAUAAAAGAAUAUAUAUGAAA